GAAGCUCGAUGGACUUCCACAAACUUAACUCUUUAGAAACAUUCAAGGAGGUGUGGAGUUGUUAUGUUACGGAGAAAACCUGGAGGACGUGCUUGAGGAAGUGUUCAAUGUGAAACUGUCCACGUGGUCAGCAGACUUUGAGCGUGGAAAUCAAUCAGUAACUGUCUUUUCUAGCGCCUGUUAGGGUUUAGCUGCGUCAAACGCAGACAGUUUGCCGUAUCGCAAGAAGCUCGAUGGACUUCCACAAACUUAACUCUUUUGAAACAUUCAAGGAGGUGUGGAGUUGUUAUGGUUACGGAGAAAACCUGGAGGACGUGCUUGAGGGAGAGUUCACUCGAAUUAAAGGCACUGUAUAUCUGGAUCAUGCAGCAACUACUUUGUACCCGGAUUCACUGGUCAGGAGCUACUGCCUGGAUAUUUCAAGGAACGUGUAUGGAAACCCUCACAGCCACAACCCGAGCAGCAGGUUGACACAUGAGACCGUAGAGAGGGUCAGAUACAGGAUAUUGCAGCAUUUCAACACUACAGCUGAGGAGUACUCAGUGAUUUUCACUUCUGGCUGUACAGCCGCUAUCAAAUUAGUGGCAGAGGUCUUCCCCUGGAGGUCACAGACAGAAAACAAGGCAGGCAGUCACUUCUGCUAUCUCACUGACAACCAUACAUCUGUUGUUGGCAUAAGAGGUCUAACAUCUAACCGGGGAGUAGUUACCCUGCCCGUCUCCCCCCAGGAAGUGGAAAAUAGGGCAAAAGACAAGACUCGGGGUGAAGAUGCGGUUUGUCAGACGCCACAUCUCUUCUGCUACCCGGCACAGAGCAACUUCUCAGGGACGAAGUAUCCCCUUAGCCAUGUAGAAGGCAUCCAGGCAAGACGUCUUUACCCAGCAUGUGACUGUCGAGGCCAAUGGUUUGUGCUGCUGGAUGCGGCCUCGCUUGUCAGCUGUUCCCCUUUAAACCUACAAGACUGCCCUGCUGAUUUUAUUCCCAUCUCCUUCUACAAGAUAUUCGGCUUCCCUACAGGUCUGGGGGCCCUUCUUGUCCGCAACCAAGCAGCAGCCAUACUAAAAAAGACUUAUUUUGGAGGAGGCACAGCAGCAGCUUACCUUUCUGGAGAAGAUUAUUAUGUGCAGGCUGCAAACCUUUCUGACAGAUACGAAGAUGGCACCGUCUCAUUCUUGGACAUCAUUGCCCUCAACCACAGUUUUGAAGCUCUCUACAGGAUCACCGGGGGAAUGCAAAACAUACAACAGCACACCUUUGGCUUAGCGCGCUACACUUACAUGCUUUUGUCAAGUCUUUGCCAUGGCAACGGGCAACCAGUGGCCCAGAUGUACACACAAGGCCAGUUUGACAGUCCAAACACACAGGGCGCAAUCGUAAACUUCAACCUUAUCGACUCUCGUGGAGAAAUAAUAGGGUAUUCUCAGGUAGACAGAAUGGCAAGUUUGUACAACAUCCAUGUGCGCACUGGUUGCUUUUGUAACACUGGAGCCUGUCAGAGCUUUCUCGGGAUAACAAAUCAGCAGAUGAAGCGUAACCUGCAGGCUGGCCACGUCUGCGGAGACACCAUCGACUUGGUGGAUGGGCAGCCCACCGGAUCUGUUCGUGUGUCAUUUGGCUACAUGUCAACAUUUGAUGACUGUCAAAAGUUCCUGAGUUUUGUUGCCGAGUGCUUUGUGAAGAAACCAGUGGCAGUAGACCAUGCGAGAAUAGAGAGGCUUAGAGCAGCUAGCGCAUCAAAUGAAGAGAAAACAGUCAAUAUCAAUGAAGUGAAACACAAAGUUGAAGAAAAGAAGAAAGUUUCACAGAAGGGAUUUGAACCUGUGCAUCCAAACAGCCGUGAGGGGGCUUAUACAUUGACCAACAUCUACAUAUAUCCCAUCAAAUCAUGUGGUGCAUUUGAGGCCCACAACUGGCCAGUAGGACCUCAAGGUUUACUAUAUGACAGAGCCUGGAUGGUGGUAAAUGGAAAUGGCGUGUGUUUGAGUCAGAAAAGAGAGCCACGUUUAUGCCUCAUUCGCCCACAAGUUCAUCUGUCCUCAAACGAAUUGGUCCUGCAGGCAUCAAGGAUGAAUACCAUUUCAGUUCCACUGGAAAUCAGGACUGAAAUGCACGCAAGCUAUCCAGUCUGUCAGAGUAAAGUUUGUGGUGAUAGGGUGGAGACUAAGGACUGUGGUGAUGAGGCUGCAUCGUGGCUUUCAGACUUACUUGGACAGCCAUGCCGCCUGAUAAGACAAAGUCCUGAUUUCAUCCGAUGCAUGAAAAAUAAGUCUGAUACAGCUGUCACCUCCCCAUCGCUCUCCCUGGUGAAUGAAGCUCAGUAUCUCAUGAUCAACCGUGCAAGUGUGGAGCUCAUUCACAAAGUAAUGAGCAGCAGGCAAGACUACCCCGAGCUUGACACACAGAACAUCAUCAGUCGGUUCCGAUCCAAUUUCGUCAUUGCAGGGGUUAAACCAUUUGAGGAGGAUAAUUGGUCAAACUUGAUUAUUGGCAACAUUCGAUUCAUGGUCAGAGGUCAAUGUGUUCGAUGCCAAAUGGUUGGGGUUGACCAGAGCACUGGGACCAAAACAAAGGAGCCUCUGAUGUCUCUUUCUGCAUACCGCAAUGGAAAGGUCACAUUUGGCGUGUACUUGACCAAUCAGUUGCCAGGUUCACCGACAGCCACCGUCCUCAGUGUUGGCUCCCACAUACUGCCAGAGCCCCAGGCUUCUUAAAGUGGUCAUCAAUAACAUCUCUUUCCUCUGCAAACACAGGGAACUUACCAUAGACAUAAGGGGAAUUUCUAUCAUGAUUGCAGUUACCUGUUGAGUAUGCAAAGGGAUGUUAUACUGUAUGCUGUUUUAUUUUGGUGAUGUCCAUGGCCCUUAAAACGUGUCAGUCGAUGGAAUCCUGAAAGAUAACCGGACAAAAUUGUUAAAGCUUUUUUUCAAUGUCUGAGCACUGAGUCUCCAGUGGUGUGAAAAGGUGUUUGCCCCCUUCCUGAUUUGUUAUUUUUUGCCCGUUAGUCACACUUAAAUGUUUCCAAUGAUCAAACAAAUUUAAAUAUUUGUCAAAGACAACACAAGUUAACACAAAAUGCAGUUUUUAAAUGAAGGUUUUUAUUAUUGAGAGAGAAAAACAUCCAAACUUACAUGGCCCUGUGUGAAAAAGUCAUUGCAGUUAUUAGGUUUAGGGGGCAACCACUUUUUCACACAGGGCCACAUAGGCUUGGAUUUUCUUCUCCCUUAAUAAUAAAAACCUUCAUUUAAAAAUUGCCUUUUGUGUUGUCUUUGAUGAUGGGAAACAUUUAAGUGUGACAAACAUGCAAAAAAAAAAAGAAAUCAGGAAGGGAGCAAACACUUUUUCACACCACUGUAUAUAAUAUUAAUAUGUUUUUUUAUGCUUGUGAUGUGAAAUUAGAGACCCUUUAAAUAAAUUGUAUAUGUUUUAAGAUCCAGUAAUUGCUGAAAACGUCCAAAGACUGAGAAAAAGUAUUGAAUUGUUGAGAUGUGUUACUCUUUUUCCCCAUUUCAGUUGUCUGGAUUUUGGGGGCGUGGCUAAAAGAAAGCCCAUUGAUGUACUUGGGCUUCUGGCUUCAGUCGGCCCUCCCCCACUAUGUAAAAACUUGAGCGCUUUCUUGCAUCAAUGAGUUUCCUGUACAAUUGCAAGUUACAUCGUUUUUAUUACAUGACCCAUUUCUACCACAGUGUGCAGUUAGCUAGCAAGCUAUGCAUACAACACACACAAAAAGCAUCUUCCAUAGACGCCACAAUUUCUAGAACAGUUCGGUGCCAUUAUAUAAAUUCCCAAGUGUUAUGCAUUUUGUGUUAUUCGGGCUACCGUAAUACAUUGAAAUGCAAAGCAUUGCUGGGUUUAUAACUAGCAGGAAGUAUGUGCUGAAACGUCUGCAGUAUGAGCCACAGGCUGAAUAACGUGUGCUGCUGUUUAAUAAAUGAUGAACUUUC